UGCGCUCUCUCGCUCUCUCCCCCUCUCCCCUCUCCCUCUCUCCCCUCUCCUCUCUCUUCCCCGCUCUCUCCCGCUAACUCUCCCCAUAACUCUCGCCUUCUCCAAUCUCUCUCCUCUAUUUUUCUUUCUUUCUCUCUCGCCCUCACUCUCCAUCUCUCAUCCCCUCUUCUCUCUCCCUCUCUUCCUCUUCCGUCUCCUUCCUUCACUCUCCCUCUCUCCCUGUUCUCCCUCUUCUGUUUCUCUCUCCCCUCUCUCACUCUCCUCUCUAUUUCCUCCCUCUCCUUUUCCCUCUCCUCUCUCUCCCUCUUCCUCUCCUCUCUCUCCCUCUCCCUCUCCUCUCUCUCCCUCUCUCUCCUCUCUCUCCUCCCUCUUCCUCUCUCUCUCUCUUCUCCUCUCUCUCUCUUCCCUCCCUCUCCCUCUCCCUCUCCCUCUCCCUCUCCCUCUCCCUCUCUCUCUCCAGGCGCGCGUGCGCCUCUCCCAUCGGGCAGGCGCGGGCCCGUCGGAGGCGGCCCGUCGGGAGAGUCCGGCCCCGCUGCCCGCGUCCCCUCCCGCGGCCGAGCGCGCGCCCGCAGGCUCCACCGAGACGCACCGGACCGCGCGGGAGGGACGCGGCGGGAGGGAGGCUGCUGCCCGCCGGCCGCCUUCAGCACCGAGGCAUGGACAGCGCCCCCGGAGCUCGCCGCAGCCGCCCCUUCCUGCAGCGCUGCCCGCGCGCCCUGUAGCCCGGAGACCCCUAGGAGCGACCCCCGAGGGACUGGGCUUCCGCAGGCCGCUCGGAAGAUGCGCAUCCCGGCCGGGCGGCGCGGGCGAGGACCCAGCCUGCCCGGGAAGUAACUCAGCCCGGCCCCGGCUCUCCGGCCGCAUCGCCGCGCAGGGCUCGGCCGCCUCUGCAGAAUAUUCUUCAGAAUGUUGACAUUGACAAAGAAGUGACCUCCGAACAAGGAAGAUACUGCUCUAAAUUAAGACUCUCUCCUUGUGGCGUCAUAGCACAUGGAUUUCAGGACCGCCUGUGAGGAGACAAAGACAGGGAUCUGUUUGCUGCAGGAUGGUAAUCAGGAGCCUUUCAAAGUCCGGCUGCACCUGGCCAAAGACAUUCUGAUCAUUCAGGAGCAGGAUGUGAUAUGUGUGUCCGGUGAGCCUUUUUAUUCUGGUGAGAGAACCGUGACCAUCAGAAGACAAGCUGUGGGCGGGUUCGGACUGAGCAUAAAGGGAGGAGCUGAACAUAGCAUUCCAGUUGUCAUCUCAAAAAUAUCCAAGGAACAAAGAGCGGAACUUUCAGGACUCCUAUUUAUCGGGGAUGCAAUUCUACAGAUAAAUGGAAUUAAUGUAAGGAAAUGCAGACAUGAAGAAGUGGUUCAGGUUCUUCGGAAUGCUGGGGAAGAAGUGACUCUCACGGUGUCGUUUUUAAAAAGAGCCCCUGCCUUCCUCAAGCUGCCGCUGAACGAAGACUGCGCAUGCGCCCCCAGCGACCAGAGCAGCGGCACCUCCUCCCCGCUCUGUGACAGCGGCUUACACCUCAACUACCACCCCAACAACACAGACACACUUUCAUGUUCCUCCUGGCCAACUUCUCCGGGUCUGAGAUGGGAGAAGCGCUGGUGUGACCUCCGACUCAUCCCUCUGCUGCAUUCGCGUUUCUCUCAGUAUGUUCCCGGGACAGACCUGAGUCGGCAGAAUGCUUUUCAAGUAAUUGCUGUGGAUGGGGUGUGCAGUGGGAUUAUUCUGUGUCUCUCCGCUGAAGAGUGUAUUGAUUGGCUACAAGCAAUAGCAACUAAUAUUUCAAACCUCACAAAGCACAAUAUUAAAAAAAUCAACAGAAAUUUUCCAGUAAACCAGCAGAUAGUCUACAUGGGCUGGUGCGAGAGCCGGGAGCCAGAUUCCGGUCAGGACCGGCUGUAUUCGCCAACCUUUCUAGCCCUGCGGGGCUCCUGCCUUUACAAAUUCUUAGCACCUCCUGUUACAACCUGGGACUGGACUCGAGCAGAGAAAACGUUUUCAGUUUAUGAGAUUAUGUGCAAGAUUCUCAAGGACAGCGAGCUGCUGGACCGGCGGACGCGCUGCUUCACCGUGCAGUCCGAGGCCGGGGAGGACCUCUACUUCGCCGUGGAGCUGGACUCGGACCUGGCCCAGUGGGAGCGCGCCUUCCAGACGGCCACCUUCCUGGAGGUGGAGCGCAUCCAGUGUAAGACUUACGCAUGUGUGCUCGAAAGUCAUCUAAUGGGACUCACCAUCGACUUCAGCACAGGAUUUAUCUGCUUUGAUGCUGCAACGAAGGCAGUGCUUUGGAGGUAUAAAUUUUCUCAGCUUAAAGGUUCUUCAGAUGAUGGCAAGAGCAAAAUCAAAUUUUUAUUUCAGAAUCAAGAUACUAAACAGAUUGAAGCAAAGGAGCUGGAAUUUUCUAAUCUGUUUGCCGUUCUUCACUGCAUCCAUUCAUUCUUUGCCGCCAAAGUAGCCUGCUUGGACCCUCUCUUCAUAGGCAGUCAGGGGGCUGCGGCUGCCCCGGCCAGCUCUGCCACCACCAGCAGAGCGAAGUACCCUAACUGACACCCACCGACAUCCCCAGGACCAUAGUGGCAGAAUCAACAUCGUCAUCACCUCAGACCCCGGAGAAACCGCAUCACAAAGCCAACAGUAACGUCAAACUGAAAUGUCAGUGUCGGAAGGAAUCUCUAACGCAUUUCCACCUGGAACCCGUCAGUGAACCGUGAGAGAACGGAGCAGCGUGUUCUCACACCCUUGCUCUGUCCCCUCAGACUGGGGACAGAAGAACGAACGAUUCAAUGUAAAUAAUAUAAAAACUAUAAGCUACCUAUAAAUAAAAAUGCAAAAUAAAUGGUUAUUUCUCUAUUUUAGAUUAUUUUGUACGACAGAUAUAUGUUUGGCCAGAUCAUGAACUAAUGCCCUAUCAUUGUAUUUAUUUAUUUACGAGGGACACAAAGGAAGCAAAAAUACCUGCGGCAUGUAAGCAGUUUCAUAGGAGAAAGCACUUUAAUUUGCUGAUGUAGAUUUCUCCUCGUAUUCUCAUUCCAUAAUUUGAUACUGGUACUGCAAAUCAUUUUUCAUUGCAAAGUAGCCCUAAGAUUACAAAAGGAUAAUGAUAUUGAAUAAACACAAUGUUAAAUGGACUAUUUUCUCCAUUGAAACAUAAAUAUUAAUUGUUUGAUUAACCACCAAUGUCAAUAAACCAUGCCAAUAUAUGUUAAUGAUGAAAUAUGAAAACAUUCAUGAAACGCUAGUUCUUUUUAUCAUUUAAAAUAUUUUUUCUUUUCCUAAUGUGGUUUGCCAGCAAAUUAAAAUUUCAUAAAUCUAUACUGAGCCCCCCAAAUUUUGUAGAGUAAAUAAUAUCAAUAAAUGUGGUAUAAAAUUCUUUGUGAUCCUAAUAUCUUUAGUUAAUUGUGGCCUACUAUGUCUAAAAAUACUCCCAAAAUAUUAUUUGUGUUAUAUUUUAUAGAAAAAAUGAGGCAAAUAUAUUUAAAAUUCUGGCCAUGUUAUAUAAGGUGAUAAGUAAUGCCAAACCAUGAGAGUUAUUUAGAGUUAUGUACCUCUUAACAUAAAUAUAAAAAUAUAGAAACUUGAAAACCCUGAAAGUAUAUAAACAGAGCUCAGAUCUCAGAUAAUAACUACUUCUAUAAUGUUGAAAAUAUUCUUUUCCCUUCAUUAUUGUUAUGCCAAGAUCUUCUUUUAAACAACAGUGCCUCCUCAAAAAGAGAAAAAUAAAAAUUUUUACUAAUACAUAUCUUUUGGAGUCGUGAAGCUAACUCAAAUUUUGGAGUUGUGAAGAUACCUAAGUUAUCUAAUAAGAUGAUUAAAUUUUUAACAAUAAAAACAGUCAAUAAGGAAACCAAAUUAUUUACAAAAAGAAGAUGAACAAGCCUUGUAAUUUAAAAACUUGACAUCAAACAUUUGUGUUUUUUGAGGGGAUCUCACACCUGACAGUAUCCAAGGAAGCCAGAGUGACUGCAAUGGAAUCUGGGACCUCAAACUUUUUAAAAAAAUCAUUACAAACCAUAUCAUUAUUUGCUUUUAAUAUAAUUUAUUUUUAAAUACAGUUAAUUAAAGAAAUAAAGAGCCAUAAUUGUACUAAGGAAACAUUAAGGUGUCCAAAUCAACUGAUUAAAAAUUAUGGCAAAUAAUUAUGCAACUAUCAUACAUAGUUUUAAUACAAUCAAUUUUUGGCCAUAAAAUUAAAGACAUUUAGAAUAACAAUUAGAAUGAUUAGAAUAACAUUAAAAUCACUUCUUAAUAUGUACUGAUAAAACAGAACAUUCAUUUUAUAAUUAAAAUCCCAGUAACAACAGCAAAAAAGGCCAUGGUCCCCUUUGAACUUCUGGAGAAAGAGUCCAGGGAAGCGUUUAUACUAAGAUUCUCCACCAGUAUCCAACUUACAGUAGAAUCUCUGCUACUAGAUGAAUGUUAUCUCGGUGUGCCCCAUAUUGGGGCGACGUUUACUGUGUCCAUGAAGACCGUCUGGUCAACAAGUAGCAUGAAUUGUGACAGUUAGCCCAAAGAAAAGGCAUUCCGUUUGACAGAAGUAUAAUUAUUAGAGUCAGACAAAAAUUUUCAGAAAGUUCCAUAUAAAAUGCAGAUAUGUAAUUCAAUUAUUAUUUUUGUUAUAUCUUAAACUAUUUUAGCCUUUGCUCAUGUGAAUGAUAAAAGAAAAUAUGUACAAGAUGUAUGUGAGUAUAUAUCUCUUGUACAACAUGCAUACAUAUAUACAUAUAUGUACAUAUAAGAAGAUGAAAACAAAAUUUGUUAGAAUAUAUUUGAAAUACAUAUACUUAAUAAAACUUAAAUUUACAUUGUAAAUUGAUUGUAGCUUGAAUUAAAAUGUAUGUUGAUACAAUAUUGUGUUUAUUUUUUAUACUAUUGAUAAAAAUACCUAAAUUGCUACUUUAUAUGAUUAAUGGAGAAGCCACCUAUUAGAAAAAUAUUAUUUUGGUUUUAUCCAAUAAGUAAAUAGUAUUUACCUUCUAUUUUGCAGUGUAGUUAUUAACAAUGCCAUUUAUUCUCACUUGGACUAUUGGAAUGGGAAAAAAAUGAAACGAACUACUCAAAUAAAUACCAGUUUCUCAUGUAACUUGUGUUUAGACGCAUGAGAUUUAUUCAUCAUAUCCUAGUUUGUACUAGCAUCCAUUUUAAUGACAGAAUGCUAAUUAUGUGUUAACCCCUCCAGUGCCUUGGUAUAAGUCUACAUGUGUUGUGCUAUACAACACACAUUAUAUAAUUCAUUGUUGUCCGCAUAGUAAAUUUAAAGGGACCAUUAUAUUGUAGGUCUUAGUUUAGAAAAGGACUUCAAAUAUAAUUUGAAAUAAUUUUAUGGCAUAGCAAUGUAGUUUGUCUAACCCGAAGUAAUAAUUACUUUAAGUUGAACUUUAUUGGUGAGAGGGCAUUUUUAUAUUUGUGGGUUGGGAGAUUCAAGCGGGGUUCGGGGGCCCUUGACCCAGUCGUAUGUCGCCAGUCCCGCGGGACCAUUCAUGCUUUUGGGGGUGCGGCAGUUUUUCGGUCACUCUGUGCCCAGGCCCACCAGGUCUGGCUAGCCCCUCACCGCGUGGAGUCAGAACCCGGUGUUAGCGCCUGGCGCCUUCCACAGAGUUCUCUCCCCAGCCAGGAGCCGGGCUUUGAAGCCAUCAGGCAGACUCAAUCUAUUUCAAAACUAUUUCAAACAUGGAACCCAAUAAUUACCCUCGCAGCUAUGUUUUUUUUGCCGAUUUCUUUGCCAAUUUUUCAUGCAGUUAAACUUACAAUUUCAGAUCUUUUGCUAAUAGACUCGACAUUCAGAAAGAAGAAAUGAAUUAUUUAAAAAUAAGGACCAAGCUCAUAUUAACCGUGGAAGAGAUCAAUUUUCCUUUGGGUGCUUUAUAACUCAUCAUUUCCUUCUUCUACAAGGACAAAACGUGUUAAUAAAUUUUAUUUUGUUUUCCUUAAAUGCUGGAUUUGAGAGAAGUUUGAUUUACUGUCGUGGAAGAGUAAUAACCCUAACAAUUAUUUACAAUUACUGCUAGAAAGUGGCAGGGUGGAGAAGCUUUAGAAGCACAAGAAUAAACGUGCUAACUUUUUAAGGUAAGUGCAGAUGUUCCAAAUAUUAACAACAAAAGAUUUGCUACACUUGGUAUGGCUAUACUCAUGAGCUCUCCUUAAAUAACUGCUUUAUUCAUACCUCUAAAUUCCUUGUCUAUGAUUUAGUGUUGCUCUUUAAUAUUUAACCAGAAUUCACUUAUUUGCACAUUUAAAGUUGCUUUUGAUUAUAAAUAAAAUAUUAUAAAUGUUAUAUAUUUUAUACACAUUAAAAUGCAAUGGAAAAGCAGAAAUUAGAAAUGUAAAUAUAUUUAUUUCAUUUUAAAUUGUUUUGGUGGAUGUUUGUAAAGUGUAAAUUAAUAUCACUGAUGAAAAUGUGUCACUUUGUUCCUCAAGUUCAUUAAUCUACUAAAAAAACUGUACCUUUUUUAAUGAAGCAUACUGGAAAAUAAAAAUAGAUACUUUUCCUAUA